UGCAUGGGCAUUCGAACACAUCGAGGAACGCGCUGCAGCGUCUGUGGUUCUACGUGUCGGCGCACGCAUGCAAGCAGACCCGGUGCACGAGACGCCGACACGACGCAGCUCGCGCCUCUCUCACGUCAAGCCGCACCGCCGCUGGCCAGUUUUCAGACGCUGCGCUUCGCCGGUGCGGAGAAGGCCCCACGGAGUCGGCGGCAUCUUUUUCACCCGCGACGUUUUCAGCGAAGCACGUCGACGCCGUACAGAACUGAAGCGAUGCAAGCAAGCGAUAUGCUAAAGAUGCUCCUCGUGAAAAGAGAACUAGAUGCCAGAGCGUCGUCGCUCCCUCCAGAACAGCUGAGCGCGAGCCAGGCCGCACGCCAUCGUGACAUCGAGACGGCCGUGGGCUACGCCCGGAAGCGCCUGCAGAAGAAGAGCUACCAGAAUUGGUGGUCUUGGAAGCGCGAACAGGCACGCAACGGGAAGCAGCCGAAGCCGCAGCCGAAGCCGGCCAGCGAGAGCCAUUGCGGCGUGUGCGAAAAGCCCACACCAACCAGGAGCGUGGAGGUGCACCACGCCAUGGAGCACGCGUCCGAGCUGUCCUACCGAUGUGACGAGUGCGACAAGUUGUUCGCGCGCAAGCGCGAGCUCGAGUGGCAUCUGCGGCAGCACACGGGCGUGCGCACGCUGCCGUGCGGCCUGUGCCCCGCGGAGUUUCUGAACGGGCGCCUGCUGAGCGCCCACCACACCCGUCACCACGGGCUGGGGCGCUCGGUGUGGAACCGCUCCAAAACCAACUGAUCGAAACGCUCAAGCCUUUUGGGAGCGAAUUGCGCUAAACACGGCACUCCGAACGAAAGGAGACCGCGUAGCUCCGUUGGUACCUGCUAGGUCCCCUUAGCUAUAGUGUCGGUACUCGAUGUCCCCGUAAUGCACUCACUACUGGCUCCUUAAUUUGCAAACGUUGCUUGUGCUUGAGUUCUCCCUUCCUUGUGACAGACACCAGGAAAUAGAAAGAUAUGAGAUCAUCGUGUUGUGUGCCCUGUGCUCAGCGUAGUUUGCUACCAGAACAUGCCCGACUUGCUCACCAGGCGGGAUAUCUUACGUUUUAUUUUAUUUUAUUUUAUUCUGUCUGCGUUUCUUGUCUUUGCCGCAAGAAGAUAAAAAAUACGACCCAGGGAUCUUUUUAUUGUGCUUCUUUUAUUAUCUAUUACGUACUCGAUUUCACCUU